GCCCGGGCGUCCAGCCCAAGCACCCUUCGGCUCCUAAAGUCCGCUCCGCUCCGCUCAGGUGCCGCAGAAAAGCGACGCCGCCGCCGCAGCAGUCCGUCUUCUCCAACCCCGACCGGCCGAGCCGCCCUCCCCAUCCUCCCUUGCGCCCGCGUGCGCCUCGCAGCUGAAGCCCCUCCUCCCCGCGCCUGGACUCAGGCUUUUGUUUCCCAGCGGCCAAUUUUCCCUUUCCUUUGCCUUUCUCCGCUCCACCCAACCCUCUCGGCCUUAUUUCCUAGCGGCGACGACAAGGCGAGCAGCCACUGCCAGGUCUUUUGUCGGUCGACCAUCUGGCCUUCGUCGGGCGCCGCGACGAACAUCAGACAGGAACAUGGACUGUAAAAUGGUAUCGCCAUCGAGAUUUGAGAAAUGGUGGUUGAUGUGAAUACUUGUCUUCAGACCCAUGGGGAACCAUAGGACUUGUAUAAUUUUUCUGUAGUCCUACUCCUGAAUCCUAUUAGUAGUAGUACUAGUACUUCAGCAGCUUAACUAUGCAUACUUUCAUCAUGAGAUUUAUUUCACAUUUGGGUAUCUGAUUGAAAAAAAUCCAGGGAACAAAUGGAGAUAUUGUGUCCAAUUUAACCUAUUGUUUUGUAUUCUUUCCAUGAAAAAUUAUUUUUUGUUAGAUUGGAAAAUGCACAGAGAUGCAGGUUCAACCCAGCAUCUACUUGUGUGUUCAAUAUGGGGAUCAUUUGGUAGUUUCGCUGAAAUUUCUAACCUAGUUUUUGUCUGACCCAACUUGAAAAAGAUAGUCAUGUCCUGGGCAGACUUAGAUAGCUGGAUUAUAAUUAUUAUCCGAGUUGGAAGGUUUAGAAGUUGGUUGGGGGUACUAACAGUUAGUCUGUGCCCAUUAGUUUUCACCCUUCCCCCAAACAAAACCAUAUGGAAAAAAUAGUGAUGCCACUUAUGGCAGCCAUUUUGUCUGGAAGGCCUAAUAUAAAGUAAUAAACAAUCUCAAUUGAGUUUAAUCUUGAAACUGUAAUGGCAAAGUUAAAGCUGAUGUACUUAUCAUUGUUAUGUUUUAGAUUGUCAUUUGAUUCAUUGCAAGUUGAUUCCUAAACGAGAAGCACAACUGGAAAAUCACCAGUUUAAGCAUGAGCUACUGGUUGCAAUCCCUACUACAAUGCUUAUAUGGGUGGCUUGACAGAGGAAAGUGCUAGUGUUAGUUGAGGGUAACAGGUGUCCAGUGCCAUGUUGAAACUCAGUUGAGUACCAUGAAAGGGGCUGAUGGCAAAGAGUCAGAAGCUGCAUCUGUCAUCAAAGUUGCCAGAGAGCCUGCCAUCAUUAUCAAUGGUGUUCCAGACUUGCCCCCUGAUUGCACUGCUGGUUCUCAACCUGAGGUAAAAAAUGAUGCAGAAUCUCAAGUUGAUCCUCGUUUUGGUGAGUGGCUAGAAGGGAGGAAAGUGAGGAAGCUUUUCGGAGACACGUAUUACGUUGGGAAAGUAGCCAAGUAUGACAGUGAAAGCAACUGGUACAAUGUCAUCUAUGAUGAUGGAGACCAGGAAGAUCUUGAAUGGUGUGAACUCGAGGAGAUCCUGCUACCGUUGGACAUAACUGUUCCACUAAAAACACUUGUUAUGGACAAAUUCAAAGUUCAGGGAUCAGUUCCUAAGGUGGGUAGACCAAAGAAAGUUUAUGCUACAAUGGAUGGUAAUACAAAGAAAACACCAAAUGUUGGAGUAGAAGGCCAAGGCCAACAAUCGGACAAUGAUGCAAUGAGUGGUCAGUUAGUGGCUGUCACAGCAGGAGGAAAUGCUCGAGCAUGCUUGCUGGCUUGUAAUCAACCUAGAAAGAGGGGCAGGCCUCGAAAAGAUGGAUCUUUAUCUGCUAAUAAUCCACCUAAAAAAAGAGGCAGGCCUCCGAAGAACAGAAAUGCUUCUGGAAAUUCUCAGAGCGCAGAAAACAUUCCGGAUUCUCUGGCUCUUGUGCCAGUGCAAGACAAUGCGCAAGAAUCUUCCAGGCAACAGAAUAGCACCCUUAUGCGCAAUACAAUGACAGCUCGGGCAGAAAAACUUAAAAGAGAAAGUUUGCGUGUCCAAGGCACAUCAUCAGGAACUCAGUAGUUCUAGGAAACAAGUAGUUUCGCUUCUCCAAUAUAGAAAUCUGUGAGCAUUUCAGAAUCUAUGUAUGAUGCUUACAUCUAGCUUUCAACCCAUAUUUUGUACAACCUGGCGUACAACAAAACUUGUAAAGCUAAGUCUGCUAUACCAAUCCUAUUGUAAUCCUUCCUAUACAAGUAUGUUUGCAUUUUGCAA